CAUCAUAGCAACGGUUCAGCACGGCGAGGAAGGAAAAACCUGUCCCUCUGCGUCGAUUCAGAAAGUAAAAAAAACAUGUCGUACGCUAAGUUUGUAGCAGCUCUCGCCAGGGCAAACUCCGGCAAUGUCAAGAACAUCCGAAUUUCACCUGGAAGAUAUCGGUCAACAGUGGCAUCUACCAAGAGCAAAGAGGAGAAAGAGCAAAAUAUAGAUGGCUGCACGGUGGUUGAAGCUGUGCCUGUUGAACUCAUCAGCCAGACCAAAAAUGUUACCGUCACACCGCUGAGUAAAAUCCACAUCGACUUCGACAACACCAAGGAAGCCUACAGGAGCAAAGAUAACAUUGAGCUGCUCCGAAGCCUGCUGGUCUUCAAGCUUUGCACAUUUGACUUCCUCGUUGAGAAGAACAAAGAAUUGAUGGACCUGAGUAAGAAGUUGCUGGGUCAGUGGAUGUUUAAUAAGAUGAUGAAGAUGACCUUCUAUGGCCAAUUUGUGGCAGGGGAAGACCACAACUCCAUCAAACCGUUAAUUCAGAAGAAUCAGGCCUUUGGUGUCGGAGCAGUUUUGGACUACAGUGUUGAAGAGGACUUGACACAAGAGGAGGCAGUGAAAAAAGAGAUGGAUUCGUGUGUUUCCGAAGCAGAGAAGGAAAGCCCAGAUGCUGAUCAUCGUGAGAGGAAGUACAAGGCCCAUCGUCAGUUUGGGGACCGGCGCGGAGGUGUUAUCAGCGCUCGCACGUACUUCUAUGCAGACGAGGCCAAAUGUGACAACCAAAUGGAGACUUUCAUAAACUGCAUUACAGCCUCCGGUGGAGCCUCUGCUGAUGGAUUUUCUGCCAUCAAAAUGACCGCUCUGGGACGCCCACACUUCCUUCUCCAGUUUUCAGAAGUCUUGGUGAAGUGGAGACGGUUCUUCAACUUCCUCUCAGCACAACAAGGAAAAUCUGACAUGAUGGUUUUGGAACAAAAACUGGAACUGGAACAACUUAAGGAAAGUUUGACUAAGAUGGGUGUUGGCGCCAAGGAUGAUAUUGAGAAUUGGUUUACUGGAGAGAAACUGGGUUUAUCAGGAACGAUAGAUCUGCUGGACUGGAACAGUUUAAUAAACGAUACAACAAAGAUCUCCAAUCUGCUUAUGUUGCCAAACCUUGAGACAGGUCAGCUGGAACCUUUGUUGAACAAGUUUACAGCAGAGGAGGAAAGACAGAUGAAGCGAAUGCUGCAGCGAGUGGAUGUUCUGGCCAAGCAUGCCAUGCAGAACGGGGUAAGGCUGAUGGUGGAUGCAGAGCAGACGUACUUCCAACCAGCUAUUAGUCGACUAACCCUGGAAAUGAUGAGGAGAUUCAACAGAGAGAAGCCAAUCAUUUUCAACACCUAUCAGUGUUACCUCAAGGAAGCGUAUGACAAUGUAACUAUGGAUGUUGAGCUGUCACGGAGGGAGGACUGGUACUUUGGUGCCAAGCUGGUUCGUGGAGCCUACAUGUACCAAGAGAGAGCCAGGGCCGAGGAGAUUGGCUAUGAAGAUCCGAUAAACCCAGACUAUGAGGCCACUAACAGGAUGUAUCAUAAGUGUUUGGAAUAUGUGCUGGAGGAGAUCGAAUACAACAGGAAAGCUAAUAUCAUGGUUGCAACUCACAAUGAGGACACAGUGAAAUUCACCCUACAAAAGAUGAAUGAGAUGGCCCUUUCCCCCACUGAGAAUAAAGUUUACUUUGGACAGCUGCUGGGAAUGUGUGACCAGAUCAGCUUCCCACUAGGUCAAGCAGGUUUCCCCGUCUACAAGUACGUUCCAUAUGGACCGGUCAACGAGGUCAUUCCCUAUCUGUCUCGCCGCGCUCAAGAGAACCGCGGCUUCAUGAAGGGAUCUCAGAGAGAGCGCAGCCUGCUGUGGAAGGAGCUGAAACGCAGGGUGCUGGGCGGCCAGAUGUUCUACAAGCCAGUCUACUGAAUCACAAGACGAUAAACAUACUAACUGCAGUAUAUCUUUAAGCAUUCCACCAACUUAACUGUACCACUAACUGCUCUUUGUAGAGGAAGAUUAAUAUCCUUCCUUCGGUUGUUCGUUUGCACAGUGGGGGAGAAACUUUUAAAACACCACCAAAUUAAUAAUUGUGGAGAUUCAUAUGCUGCUCUAUUAACAAGGGAUGAUUGACAUGAGUUUUUAGAUCAGCACUGGGUUAUUUAACCUAAAAAAACUGACAGGGUGAUCAUCAAAUUCAACACUGCAAAAAAUGUAACAAAACAUUUUCCUUUUUAAAAUAACCUUUGCAAACAUUUAUACCUCUAAACAUCCAUCAUUUCUCAUGUAUAGCAUGGAGGGAAAAGAAAAGGUUGUUUUUGUAUGUAUGGUUACCCAAAGGUGGCUCACUUGUAUGUAAAAGCAGACACUCACUGUUUCUUUUGUUCAGUGUUAAGUUGUGUCUUAUUUAGCUGUAACUCAGAAGUGCCUUUUGGUUUUUUCCAUGAGAUUAACUGGAGACAGUCAUCUACUGUACAGCUUUUGUUUUUUUUGUUAAUGCACACUCCUCCAUGGGGAUUGUAAAUUAUUUUUAGCAUGUUUAUUUGAUUUUAUGUGUUGUUUAAUCUAUCUGAACAAAUCAUUUGUUAAUGAUCGUGCAACGUAGGGAUUUUAUUACAUAGAAAUAGAUUUUUAUAAAGCUCUACAUUCAUAUUCCUGGUUUAGGGUCUUUUAUUUGUUGUUGACUAAAGCAUGCACAGUAAAUGCAGCAUUAGAAAUCAGGAUGAUGCGCUUUUUGAUCUCUGGUAAUCCUUGCACAUUGAUACUCAAAACUGUGUCCUGAUGUGGAUUUCAGUAGACAUGUGCCAAAUGGUCCUGAUGACUUCCAAAAAACGUGCCGUUGUGUGAUUUUCAAGGAAAACUGUACUACUCAGUUACUCUGAAGAACACCGGCUCUGUUGCAUAAGCUGCUGUGGAAGGAGAAAGCAUGUGGCGUUGAAUUUGUUAUUGUUGAGAAGGGUUCAAAAAGACUAGUUGUGCUGGUAUCUCUGGUUUUAAUGCUGCCCGUAGCAUUUGUAAUGUAGUCUUCUGAAAGAUUGUUUGAAUGAAAGUCAUAAAAACAAUAUUUAAAUUCAAAAUGUUUUAAUGACUGGAAGUGGAAAACUUAAACUUGUAAAACUUGUGAAAGUACUAAAAUAUUAAAUCUGUCACGUUAAGUUAAAAUAUACGACUGAACUUAAUUAAGUUAGGUUUGCAUUGCAGUAUUUUGCAUUUGAGUUUAUUUUUGUAUGUUUUUCACCUUGAAUGAAUCUCAGUGUUCAUAUGUCUGUUAACAUGAUAUGGUAAAAUUUGAUAAUAUGUUUUUUUUGCAGUUGCUUUGAUGUUUGAUGUUUUCAUUUCUUUUAUUUUAUUUUGUUUCCUAAUCACUGCUGUAACAGUAUAUACCAUAUUUUGUACAGUUGUAAAAUAUGUAAUUAAUGGAUUUGGAACA